GUGUCAAUAAACAACGACAUCUGAGAGAGUUGUAAAUUGUGUCUUUAAUAAGUUGUUAACUUAAUGUCUAUUUGUUUAAUAAUUUACUUCAUGAAAGCAUAAUUGUUGAAGCAUUAGAAUACUAGCCAGAUACUGUGUGGAGUUCCCAAUUAUGGAACUCAUCAAAACACCAAAGGUAGAAAAUGUACGAAUGUUGGACAGAUAUUCGAAGACGCCCUCUCAAGGAACACUUUACCUGACAGCCACUCAUCUAAUUUUUGUUGAUCCUGAUGCCAAAAAAGAAACAUGGAUCCUCCAUAUGCACAUAGCCCACUUGGAAAAGCUCCCUCUUUCUACAACUGGUUCUCCUCUACUUAUCCGAACAAAAACAUUCCUCUCCGUUACUUUCGUGGUCCCGAAAGAAAGAGAUUGCCAUGACGUGUUUGUGAGCCUCCGACAGCUGUCCCAGCCUUUGAACGUAGAAGAAUUGUAUUGCUUCUCCUACACUCCUCCUGUCGAAGAGAUACAGAGGAGUGCUGGUUGGAAGUUCUAUGAUCUCCAGGCCGAGUACCAGCGGAUGGGGGUGCCCAACGAACAGUGGUGUCUUACCCAUCUGAAUAAAGAUUAUGAUCUCUGCGAUACAUAUCCAAAACUCCUGUACGUGCCCCUCUUGGCUGGGACCUCCACUUUGAUGGGCAGUUCUAAGUUCAGGUCAAAGGGUCGCCUACCAGUUUUGUCCUAUCUGUACAACAACAAAGCUAGCAUAAGCAGGUGCAGCCAGCCGUUAUCUGGUUUCAGCGCCAGGUGCUUGGAAGACGAAAGGAUGCUCAAUCACGUGCUCAAGACUAAUCCUAAUGCUACUUUUAUGUUUGUGGUGGAUACCAGACCGAAGAUCAAUGCUAUGGCCAACAGAGCAGCAGGGAAAGGUUAUGAGAAUGAAGCUUUUUAUGAGAAUAUAAAGUUCCACUUUCUGGGCAUUGAAAAUAUCCAUGUGAUGCGUAACAGUCUUUCAAAGGUUAUCGAAACUUGCGAACAAAGAAACCCCACAAUGACUAGUUUCCUGAGCGGCUUAGAAUCGAGUGGGUGGUUACGCCACAUCAAAUCUGUACUGGAUACGUCGCAGUUUAUAUCCAGCGCCCUGGUAGAUGGUAUCAGUGUGAUGGUACACUGUUCCGACGGCUGGGACAGGACUGCUCAAGUGUGCUCUCUAGCUUCCAUCCUGUUGGAUCCGUUUUACAGGACCAUUUCGGGAUAUCAAAUUUUGAUCGAGAAAGACUGGCUGUCUUUUGGUCACAAGUUUUCCGAAAGGUGCGGUCACAUUCAGACUGAAAAUAAAGAGAUCUCUCCCAUCUUCACCCAGCUGUUGGACGCUACUUGGCAACUGAUGCAGCAGUUCCCCAUGUCGUUCCAGUUCAACGAAACGUUCCUCUACACCCUGCAUGACCAUAUACAUUCCUGCCAGUUUGGCACUUUAUCAGAAAGGACUUAUUCCUUGUGGGGAUACAUGGCGAAUCAUUUGAGCGAGUACCUGAAUCCUUUGUAUAAUUCCGAAGAAACACCUUCUGUUUUGGUCCCAAAUUUGAUACCUCAGAAUAUCAAAUUUUGGAGUGGUAUGUACUGUCGUUUCGAAAGUGGAGUACACCCUAGAGAACCCCAGGCUGAUAUGCUGCUGGCAACAUCAGAUUACACUUCUUCCUUGGACGACCAUGUCAAAUAUUUAACAAAGAAACUCUCGAACGUCAAAUCGAUGAUUUCCCGCACCGUAAGCAAAAAGAAGCCCAAACCGAAGCGCGACCAGCUCUGCAAUAACGUCUACCUCGACAACAAGCUACUGUACGAGAAGGCCACCUCGAGGGAGAUGCGCAGCGCCGAUCACGACCACCCUUUAAUAGCCGCACACAAUAAACCGACCUGCGCGGUCGACACGGUAGCGCACAACGACGAACACCGAGUCAUCGGCGAAAUGACGAACUUGGAGCUGCUGGCUUCGGAAGUUGAUUCGGUGGCCAUAGACUGGAAGCCGAUGCGGAAUGCGAGCGAAUGCAGUUGUUCGUUGGCGUUGGACCAGUUCAGCAAGAAGAUGCACUGCCGCAAAUGUGGCGACAUCUUCUGCCAGAGAUGCAUAUCAAAGAGCGUGCCUCUCCCAGGUCAUUUAUCCCAGAGAGCUGUUCCAGUAUGCAAACCGUGCCACGAAAGUAUAACAAACGGUAGCGAGACCUAGCGCAUACCUUCACCCUAGGCUUAGUUGCAAUGAGAUGUGAUUUUUUUUAUUUGGACACUGGUUUGAUCGGCAUAAAUGUAAAGCCUGUUAUUCGUUUGUUUAUUGAUGAGAAUGUGUCUCGAGUUGAAAAGCUCAAUGUUGCGGUACCUGCUUGUUAUUUGUUAUACUUUACAUUUAUAUUGAACUGACUAUAUGCCCGUUUUUUAUUAUUUUUUGCCUGCUCGAUUUAGAUGUGAAUUAUUCGUGCCCUGCACCAGAUCGGAUGAGUAGCUCUGCAGCCAGCGCAAAUUAGAAGAAAAUCAAUUUUUGUUUUUUUCAUAUUUUUUAGGCCUAUAAGAAGAACAAAGUUAUGUAUUUGGAAAGUAUAUUCAAAUGUCAACU